ACUCAUUUCUCUCACCCGUGAGUAGUGUGUAACUGAGAAAAAAUCCAGAAAAAGGCAAAGGCGGAGUCCCUCACUCUCAUUUGAAAGGGGAGGGUCAAGGGAAGGGGCACACACAAAUAUAGGUUGCAUUUUUCAUACUCAAAUAAUGAUGUAAUCCCAACAAAUUCAAUGUUUAGUUGCGGGCUGAUUCGGUCUGCUCUGUCUGCUUUGUAUGCUUUUGUGAGUCCAAACCCAAUCAGAUAAUCUCUGCGCUCCAUUCUCAUUGGCUGAGAGUCACAGUCGCAAAAAAAAAAAAAAAAAAAAAAAUCUGAUUAUUUUUAUGACCCCCCAGCUUUUUUUUUUCAUAUUAUUUAUUAUCUCUUUUUUCUUUUUCUUGCAUUGAUUCUAAACAUUACAACCAUGUUGCGUACUACUAUUUCCGCCAUCAACCGCUCAACACGUCUUAUUCACAAACCUCUUUCCAUCUCUGGAUCUCGCUUCUACCAUGAAAAGGUUAUUGAUCAUUACGAACGUCCCCGUAACGUUGGAUCUUUCCCUAAAACCGAUAUGGAUGUAGGUACUGGUCUCGUUGGUGCACCUGCCUGUGGUGAUGUGAUGAAAUUACAAAUCAAGGUCGAUGAUGCUACAGGUAAAAUCGUGGAUGUCAAGUUCAAGACAUUUGGCUGUGGUUCUGCUAUCGCCUCUAGCAGUUUCAUGACUGAACGUGUUCGUGGUAUGACCCUCGAACAAGCCGGUCAAAUCAAAAACACGGAAAUCGCUAAGGAAUUGUGUUUACCUCCCGUCAAGUUGCAUUGUUCCAUGUUGGCUGAAGAUGCUAUUAAAUCUGCCAUCAAGGAUUAUCAAAAGAAGCGUGGCACCAAAGCUUAAUCUCACUCAAAAUCUCUCUCUCUCUCUCACACACACCUCCUCUAUUUAAUAUAAUAUAUCCCUUUUGACACACGACAACAAAAAAUAAAUAUAUUCUUCUGUAAAU